AUGCCGCUCAAUCACGCCCAGCAUUGGACCCAGGAAGAUGAUCCAUGGCAAGGUGUUGAGUUGGCAACUGGCAUCCCUGAUGAUGGCUCACAGCCUCAAGACGGCCAUAACACUCAGUGGAUCUAUCCUUUGCUGCGGCGAGCUGGUUGCAUCCAGCCCCAAAAAGCUCUCGAAUCAACUUCCGGUGCCCCCCUGCUCUUUUGUCUCUCACUCCGUCUUACCGCCGAAAUCCCCUCGCCCAUCCUUAGUGACCCGCAUACAGGCUCCCACAGCGUCGGGCUCUUUUGGUCCCGUGAUAUGAAAGUGAACGGAGACUCCCGCACCCUACCCACGCGUGCCUUUGGCCGGCGACAAAUCGUUGAGGUUAAUGCUACCUUUGGUGCUGGACAGCAAAAAACCCCACUGUCGACAUUCUGUCAGGCGUACGGGGAUUGGUCGACCGGUCAACUUAUCCUCACCUGCAGCCGGCCCAAUCGUCCAAUGGCAACCGUUAGCCGGGAUGCUUUAGCCGAAUAUCCUGGCGAGUCUGCUCUCGAGUUAGUCCGCUCACCGUGCACGCUCGAACCCCUCUACAACAGCGCCUCUGCCUAUUACUGGGACGCCCGGAAAGAACAACGUCACCUUCCCAUGCAUAAUUUAGCGACAUGUUCUGAUCGGCUGGCGGCCCGUCAGCCGUCAGAAUAUGACCUGGAUCUACAUGGUGUGGCGGUCGACCAGAAGUACGUUCGUGGCCGAGCACAGAGUUCACAUGGUGGGUACGAUAUUGCGUGUGGUAAUGGUCACCACUACCUCAACCGCAAGUCACUUAUUGGACUCCAUUGCUAG